UAAAUUGAAAGUUAUCGAUAACUAUCAACUUCAACUGGUAGUUCCAUCCCUAACACCACUUUCCUCAAGUUUUUGUUUUCAUUGCACAUUUCACAACUUUAACAAAUAUUCGCUGAAAGGAUGCCCAAGGAGAAGUCAAAAUCCAGGAGAAGGAGUCGCAGUCGCAGCCGCGACAGGGAGGAUAGCAGUCGACACAGGGAGCGGGAAAGGGAGCGAGAACGCGACAGGGACCGAGAGUCUCGCAGGGAAAAAGAGAAAGAUCGUGAGCGUCGCAGGGAAAAGGAUAAGCCCAGGGACAAAAGAAGGGAUAACGAGAAGAGCCAUAAAAGCAGCAGCCGCAAACGUCGAUCCUCCAGUUCCAGCUCGUCCAGUUCUUCGUCCUCCGACAGCCCCAAGUCCCCGCUCGCCACAAGCUCAAUGAAAUUGCUUCAGACACUGGAAGCGCGUCGCCUAAAGGAGCAGCAAGAGCGCCAGCGAAAGAAAGAGGAGCUGAAGGCGCAGGAGACACCGGAGGAGAAGCGCGCCCGUCGCCUCCGCGAGAAACAAGCCAAGGAGCAGCGCCGACGACAGCGAAUGGGCUGGGAUAAUGAGUACCAGACAUAUUCCAACGAGGACAACCCCUUUGGCGACUCCAAUCUUACGUCCACCUUCCACUGGGGCAAGAAGCUGGAGGUAGAGGGCCUCUCCAAUCUUUCAACCAAAACGGUGGAGGUGCUAUCAUUGCAGAAGCAACUGGAAAACCGCAGGGAACUCGAGAAGGUAAAGAAACGGCGGCAGGAACGGGAGCUGGAACGACAGGUGCGCGAGGACGAUCUCAUGCAGCAGCAGCGGGCCAAGGAGGCAGUCCAGUUCAGGGAGUGGCAGCGCCAGGAAGAUCAGUUUCAUCUCGAGCAGGCGCGUCUACGCAGCGAAAUCCGGAUACGUGAUGGCCGGGCGAAGCCCAUCGAUCUGCUGGCCCAAUACGUGGCCGCUGGCAACGCUCCCCUGGAGGAAUCUCUCGAGAUGCAAAUGCACGAGCCAUAUAUGCUCCUCAACGGGCUGCCCAUGGAAGAACUCGAGGAUCUCCUGGUGGACAUCAAGGUCUACGAAGAGCUGGAGCAGGGUAAGCACAUUGAUUUCUGGAACGAUAUGAUCACCAUUGUACAGGACGAGCUGCAGAAGCAGCAGAAGAAGCAAGCCGAGAACAACUCAAUGAAUCAAAGGCGAGAUGGCAUCCACCAGAGCGUCGUAAAGGAUGUGGCGGACAUAUUUCGGGGCAAGAACGCGCAGCAGCUGGAUGAGAUGCGCCAGCGCAUCGAGGCCAAGAUCAGUAGUCGAGCGGAUGGAGUGGACAUCAGUUAUUGGGAGAGUCUCCUCUCCCAACUCAAGGCCCACAUGUCCCGAGCACGUCUCCGGGACCGUCACCAGGCACUGCUUCGUGAGAAACUCCUGCUGCUCAAAAAGGAGAACGAAGACGAGGCAGCCCAAGAGGAAAUGGCCAUUCGGAUUAAGAGGGAGGAAGAGCAGGAGCACGAGCUGGCUCAGCAGCAGACCGAAGCGACUGAAGGUCGCGAAGACGAGGAUGUCGCUGAAGACGAGGACGAUGACCCUCUGCGGGAAAUCCGAGAAGCAGUGAAUCGCUACCACGCCGGAAACUACAGUCCGCGUUACAUACGCGAAGAGGACUUCACGGGCCGGCGGCUCCAGACGGAGGAAGACGAGGAUGAGCAGGCCGAUGGCGUUCUCUACGACGAGGAGGACGACGAACGAAGAAUCCAAACGCAAAGGCUACACGUACUGCAUCCCGAGCGGGCCGAGACAAACCAGCUGACGGCCCAGGAAGUCAAGAUGCGAAACGAGGCUCGCCAGGGCAUGCAGGGCGACGAGGCCGAGUUCAGUGUGGAGACCACACUGGAUGCAGUGCCGCAGCUGGCCACCGACAAGUACCGCCCACGAAAGCCGCGCUACUUCAAUCGCGUGCACACUGGCUUCGAGUGGAACAAGUACAACCAGACGCACUACGACAUGGACAACCCGCCACCCAAGAUUGUCCAGGGCUACAAGUUCAACAUCUUCUACCCGGAUCUAAUGGAUAAGUCGCAGACACCACAGUAUUUCCUAACGCCCUGCCCCGACAACGGCGACUUUGCUGUCCUACGUUUCCACACGGGUCCUCCCUACGAGGACAUUGCCUUCAAGAUCGUCAACCGCGAGUGGGAGUUCAGCUACAAGCGCGGCUUCCGCUGCCAGUUCCACAAUAAUAUCUUUCAGUUGUGGUUCCACUUCAAGCGGUAUCGCUACAGGCGGUAAAGGACACACCUCUCCUGCUCGCAAUUCGAAAAAGGGUAUCCUGAUUACUUUCCUUUUUUUUUUUUGUGUAAACAUUUUGUUGUGCGAAUAAAUUUAAGAACAAAGGUAUAAACUUAA